AUGUCCACUUCCCGCCCUCUUCUCGCCGCUCUCAGCCAGGACGACACCGAUCUUGAUAAUGAAGAAACCAUUCAGAGGCUCACAGAGCUUGUCAAGGCUGCAGUCAACGACAAGAACCCUCUCAUACAACUCGAGGACAUAUACCGUGCACUAGCACAGCACGAUGGCAUCGAAUUUCUCGAUGCCUUCGCAGUUAUACCCGAGAUUCUCCCGUGUACGCGCAUGGGUACUGUCGACCUCGUCACGCUCAUAGCGGACCAGGUCGACCCAAGGGAGAUCGUUGUCAUCAUCCAGGAAGUCGUGGAGUAUUUGCAGUCUGCCAUUGACUACGACGAGGAGGAUACGGAUGGGACCUCAGCUCCUGUCACUCAGAUUAUCCACCUUGUUAUACUAUGUGCUAGAGCACUACCACGCUCUCGGAUCCGCCGAACUUCGGCUUACGGCAUCCUUCAACCCGUCAUGGCCAACCUCGAGCUUCUUAUUUCCACCGUCGGCCAUGUUGAGGUCAAAGCAGAUGGUCGACGGCUCCUCCGGGAGAUCUCCACUCUCAUCACGACCCUCUUCCGGUGGGUCGAAACCUCGGGUACUCCUGAUGACGCCGCCAAGACGAAGAUAUGCCUCAGCACCCUCGCGGAUACGACCGUGCGUGCGUGCGUACGGAGCAUUCGCGCGUCGCUCGCGGCGAGGUUGUUCGAGCAGCACUUUUCGAGACUCAUUGUUACGUCCGCAGUAGAGCCUGAUUGGGAAGAAGGCCAUAGGGCAAUGUUGCAAGUCAUCAACGCUCUUUCUGUAAUCGGUAUCACACCGGGAAUGAUAUCACCUACCCCAGCUUUCUCGCAGCUCAUUUACCUCGCACACUCGCCGGUACCACUACCACCACCCAUCCCUCUACUACACAACAUCCACAGCCUGCUGCUCACUUCCAUUCAGAUGAAUCUAGCUCUCGACGAAUCCCUUUUUCUCCUCCUCUCCUCACUCUCGCGCCUUCGCGCCUUGUCCCAGCUUACAUCUUCUGACCACAUGAGUGCGACCACUCCGACUGCCGUAUUCGGCCCGGCCCGGCCCCCUUCACAUGCCUUCUCGCCUUCAUCUAAAACGUCUGCUCACCCAAACAACAACGGCGGUCUUCCAUCCGUGCCGGCCUCCCUUCCGCGGGCCGAGCUACCCGUGGAUAUCGUUUCUUCCCUGUCGACCGUCCUCCCGUCGCUCGCAUCGACACACACAGACCCGUUUAUCCGGCACGUCACGCUGCGCACCUUCUCUUUGCUGCUUUGGCUCGCGCCACCGACGCUCAGACUCGAGAUUCUCCUUGAGCUUACGAGCGAGAGCGCGAUCCCGCAGAUGCGGGCUGCCGCGAUUGGGCUCGUGAAGGAGGCGGUGCUAGAUGCGCUUGAGCGGGAAGGAAGUGGGCGUGUUAACGGUGGAGGUGCGGUUACAGACGCCGCGAAUGGGUCUCCAAGGUCGGUUGCCUCGAGUGGGUCUAGUGGAUCGAUGGGGUCGCCACGCUCAGGCGUGAGCGACGGCCACUCUCCUCCGCCACCUCCACUACCUGGAGGAGGGGGAGAAGGGAGCAGUAGCCCCGAUGGCUCUCCGACGAGGCCGGGCCUAGCAUCACCCGGCUCGCGCAAGACUUCAUCGUCACGAAGCGUGAACGCGAAGGCGAAGAACCCGUUUGCAUCCCCUUUACUCCUGCAGGCGUUCGGGCCCGUGUUGUUCAGAACGAUCCCGGACGACUAUCUGGUGAACGUGAGCUGCGCGGCUGAUCUGGAGGAGAGCCUCGAGCCGUCGCGGAUCGCGGAGAGUCUGAGCUUGUAUUACGUGAUUGUGCAGAGGGAUGUCGACAACCGGACUGGAGUGAGGGAUACAAGCAGUAUCGAGAGCGUUGAGGCGAGCUUGUUGAGGCCGCUCAGGCUUUUCUUGGAGGAUUGGUUACGGGACCAUGAGCCGAUACUACCACUCGUAUCGCUCAAGCUAGGACUUGAUAGAGUUGAUGAGGCGCUUGCUGUGUUGCGCCGGCAAGGGAAACCCCGAAGUUGA